AAAAAGAACCAAUCAGCGUUAAGCAAGGAGAAUUACUCUAGUGAUCAUUGUUAGUAGCAGACAGGUAGUUUGGAGUUGUAGAUGUAAUACCCUAGAUAUAACAUUAACACGAUCUAGAUUCUAGGUUUCUCUCUCAAUAUUCUCACUGGAUCCUGGUAACUGUUCAUGAUGCUGGCUAGCCUAUAUAUGUGUCUUGUGAUAGCAGGAACCACAGUUUUUGGUGAAACACAAUCAGAUGUACAGAAAAAGUCACAGACACAGUAUGAGUUUAAAAAUGUUUAUUUUAUUAAACCUUCAGAAAUAGAUGAACUCAGCAAGUCUUCAACAUUGUUGCACAUCUACUUCAUUGCUAGUGAAACCUAUUAUUCUACUCUAAAAAGUCUCUUUGAUGAGAUGGAAAAUGCUGCCAAAUAUUUAAAGUCUUACAAUAUAAAAAUAGCUGUGUUAGAUUGUUUACUUCACACAGAGGAAACAGAAUAUUGUGCCAAGAAAGAUGUGAGGAAAAACUUUUUCACUUUCAAAAAUGGAAAUUUUUUGCUCAAGCUAGACUUAGAAACUUUGUUUGAUGUUGAAUCUAUCAUGGCACACUCUAUCCACUUACUUAGCAUUGAUAAAGUUCCAGUUCUUUUGAGUCGCCUAGAAAGGAUGAAUCUUGAGAGUAAGAUUAUUGGGGUCAAAGACUUGAUAUUCGCUUACUUUCCUUUGAGUGGAACAAGAGAGCAUCGUAUAUUUGCGGAGGUAGCUUAUGCUUAUCAAGAUAAUUACAACUUUGCCUUCACUGCUGAAACAAAAGUUACAGAAGGGCUACAAAAUGCCAAUAGCAUCAAUUCAGAAUCUACCUUUGCCAUCUGGGCCAUGUUUUGUUCUACUUCCACUCAUGAGCAACUACAGUCUGGAGAUUGUGACAAUAUUAUGUACAAAGGGGACACAAAUUUGGCUGCUAUUGCUACAUUCAUCAGACUUCUAGGAGAACCAGUAUUGUACUAUUCUCCUUCAAAAGAUGCUCUAGCCCUUCUGGAAAUGCCAGGAAGUGUCCCCAUCCUAUUUGUAUACACAGAAGAGACUUCCAACCAGAUGAUUGAGAAAGAUGUUCAAGAAUUAGCUCACUUUGUUAGGGGACAUGCUAAACUAGUAGUAUUAAAUAUGGAUAAAAAGAAAAAUAAAAAGAUUGCUCAAGAGCAUGGAUACCAGGGAAGCAUUCCUAAUAUAGCUUUCUUAGAAAAGCCAGGAGAGGUUACUUAUAUUAACAGACCAUGGUCUUUAGAAUCUGCUCAAGAAUUCCUUGAGGCUACCAUAUACCUAUCAGACAAGCCUAGCUCAGAGGUUGUGAAGAAAUCCCAACACUCCCCUGAGACAGACAUUUUCAGUGAAAGCUUAAUAGAAGAAGUGGAGACACAAGAUGAUGAAGUCGAGGAUGCUGUGUUUAGACUUCAGCUGGAAGACAUGGACCUAAGCUUUAUGCCUCCAUUGUUCAAGGAAACAUUUGCUGCAGCUAUUGACUCAGCUCAACUUAAACUGGUUCUCUUUUACUUACCAUUUGAUCACGUUAGUAUGGCUUUCUUGUCUGACCUGGCCAAGGCUGCUACCAACUUCUCUGGCUCUGAUGUCCUGAUGAGGGUUAACUGUUUUGAUGCUACUGAUCUCUGUGCAGCUCAAAAUAUUACCUCAUACCCUCUGAUGAGAAUCUACCAGAAGGGUAUGAAGCCGCAAGAAUAUAAAGGUCACCUGCACUCACAGUCUGUGCUCAUUGCUUAUAUACUUCUUCAAUUGAAAAGUCCAGUCAAGUUAAACACACAGGAAGAAGUAGACAAGUUCAUGAAAGGUCACUUUCCAAUGAGUUUCUCUUCCUAUUCUCCUAGCUCAGUCAUCUUGUUAGCAGCCAAGGAGAAUAAAGAAGUGAGGCUGAUCUUUAAAAAAGUCGCAAAGUCUUUGUCUACAGUAACUGCUUUUGGCAUUGUGACCAAAAAACUGGUAGCAUCUGUUGCUAAAAAAUAUGGAGUAAUGGUUCCAGCAGUUGUUGCCUAUAACCGUCAAGAUGUUGACAAACCAAUUAGAAUUUUGACAGAUGUGACAGAAGAAACUCUUAGAGACUUUGCAUGGAUGUCAACUUUUAAAACACUGCCAGAGCUAGGAAUCAACAACUUCCCGACAUUGUUUGCCAAGAAACUACCAUUUGCAAUCUUGUUUGUGGAUAAAAACAGCACUGCUUCUUUAGAGGCAAUGAAAAUGAUGACUAAGAUAGCUCUAUCUGGACAGUUUGAUAAUGUUAUCUUCUGCUCAAUGAAUGCACAACCCAAAACUUUAGGCAUUAAAAUAUUAUCUUCUUAUGCCUGGACUGCAACUCUGCCUAUGAUCUCUUUAGUCAACCAUAGACAGGCUGAAGUAUUUAAUUAUGCUGGCAAACUUCUGAAAGAUGAUGAAGUCACGAGUUGGCUGAAAGAUGUACUCUUAGGACUGAUCCCUCCUUCUAAACAUUUGGAGCAAGCAUCAUGGAAUGCACCAGGGAAAUAUUAUGACUUCCUGGCCAUGACUGAUUCACUCAAAGAAAUUGAAAACACUGCCAAUCAGAAUGCAAUAGAUCAAGAUAAAAGCAAUGACACUGAAAAGGAAGAAUUAAUAGACCAACUACUGAAAGAAGAUGAGGCUGCCAGAGCACAGCUUCUUCAAAUCCGCAAGUUACAACUACAUGAGGGAAAGAACCAUGUCCACACUUCAGAAGAACCCCAAUCAUUAAAACAAGAAUCCACACCUAUUGAAGCUUCAACUCACAUAGAACUGUAAGAUUUAUAGGAAUGGUUUAGUCUGUGACACUUCAAGUAUAUUUAUAUAAGUUACAAAUGUUGAUAUAGGUAGUUUUAAAUUUCUUUUAUUUACAAGUUUUAAUUAAGUUUUUUUUUUCCCUUGUUAGGUUUUUAUUAAAGAUAAUAGUAUUUUCAAUUGAUUUGAAAAUCUAGGUUUGACAUGUGUUUCAUUACAAUUUUAGUUUAUAUAUAUAUAUGUUUUCUAGUGUGAUACAAAAGUAAAAAGUUUUAAAGUAACUUUUGACACAAAUGAUAGAAAUCUCAUGAUAGUUGUUUCUUGAUGGUUUUUUUCAGUUGUUAUAAGCUUUAUUAUCAUGCCUUUACAUUCCUCUUAAACCUUUUGGCUAUGAUUUGAAACAGUUUUUGUAAUAAUUUUGUUUUUAGCACUCUGCAAUAUAAACUAUUGCCAUUGAUUUUAAAUGAGUUUCUUUUACCAAUACAAUAAGUGCAAUAAUUACUUUUAAAACUUUGUCUUCCAGUCUAUUCAUAUUUUGCUUGUUUUACCCAAGUUUUGUUUGUAUAGGAUUUAACUCAGGUUUGUUUUAUUACUAUUAUGGACUUCAUUAUUGCUUGACUAUUGUAACCAAUAUGAUUUUAUUUAUUAGUGAUUAUUGUAGACAUCUAUUAAAUUUGAUCUCUUAGUGAGUCAUAUCUUGCAAUAGAUUUUACGACUUUGUGGCUUUGUUCCUAUACAGUUAUUUAUAUAUUUUGAACUCAUUAAACUAAUUAAAAUUAAUUUAAAAGCUCUGUAUAUACUAAUCAAUGAAAGGCUCUGAUACUUGUUUGUUUCUUUUCAAGAUAGUGGGCUGGGCUAAGGAGGAAAAAGAAGACAAUCAUUGUUUCAAUUGACUUGUGGAAAGUUAUGAACAAAAACCAUGUUACUAUUGUGGAGAUUAAUUGAUAAUACAAUGAAAGAUUUUUCUUGUAUUCAUAUACUUUGUAAUAAAUAGAAAAAUCAAACUGUGGGUGAAGACAAGGCUGAAAUCCUCUCUUCAAAGAGGUCUGGACAAAAACUCUGUGCUCUGUGAGUGCAGUGAAUGCAUGUCCUCAUACAGGUAAAGAACAUAGGCCUAUAUCUUUCCAGAUGUGUCAAAAUGAAAAUCAGAAAGUCAGCGACUGUCAAAAAGUAUAUGCACACUAUCUCCUAUCCUGACUACUGUGAAAAAAAACAAAAAAAACCUAGACUCAAAGUAUCAAGUUAAAAUGGUUAUUUUGAAUCAGUCAUGUGAUAUUUAAAUGAAAAGUGUGCAAAUGUAAUGAAGAAAUAUAUGAUCAACAAAAAAUGUUGACCUUAGCUCAUAAUUUUUUUUUUAAUUAGUUGAUACAAAAUACAAAGAGGCAAAUUGAGUUAAUCUGUGUGAGAGAUUUAUUUUUGAUUUUCUUACAAAGAAUGGCUAAUGUUAGUACAAAGUUGAUUUAUUUUACAUUCCAGUUUACAGUAUAACAUUGUAUGUUUUUGUGAAAGUCAUUACAGUGACAGAUUGCCUGGGUCAGCCUGUGAUAGUAAUUUAUAAUGAAGUCAUCAUUCAGUGAACAGUAAGAUUUUUAUCAGAAAAUGUGUCAUUGUCAGAAAUAGUUCAACUGUUUAUACAUAUGUUUUGACCACUAUGUUCAUUCUUAUGUAGUUGAAAAUCAAACUCUUUUGAAUCAAAGUCUUACCUGUUUACACAUUUAUUGAUUGAUUCACAAUGUAUUUUAGUUCUUUGAUUUCUCUUUAUUAUUUACUUUUUUUUUUUUUUUUUACCCUACAAGCAAUUAUUUUUUUUUAAAUUAAAAAUAACAAACAUUCUACAAGGUAUUCUACUCAAUAAUCUUUUUAGUUUUGACUAUUCUUUGCCUGCUUUUUCCAUUUACUUUAAAAUUUUGUUAAUUUAUAAAUAUCAUGUAUUCUCGUCUACUACCUAAUAAUCAGCAUUUUUUUAAUUUGUACUCACACUGAUAAAACAAUAAACUGACAGGAAAGUGGA